GGCGGGACUACGUCACUUCCUGGAGACUGUCUGAAUCCGGAAGUGAUCCCAGAGGAUUGAGUUGCAGCGGAGGACCCCGGCAGCCCGCCCAGGUUCGGGACCAUGAGCUGGAUUCCUUUCAAGAUCGGGCAGCCCAAGAAACAGAUUGUUCCCAAAACAGUGGAGAGAGACUUUGAAAGGGAGUAUGGAAAACUCCAGCAGCUGGAGGAGCAGACCAAGAGGCUGCAGAAGGACAUGAAGAAGAGCACCGAUGCCGACCUGGCCAUGUCGAAAUCUGCCAUGAAGAUAUCCCUGGAUUUACUCUCCAAUCCCCUCUGUGAGCAAGACCAAGACUUUUUGAACAUGGUGACAGCCUUGGACACGGCCAUGAAGCGGAUGGAUGCCUUCAACCAAGAAAAGGUGAACCAAAUCCAAAAGACGGUGAUUGAACCCUUGAAAAAGUUUGGCAGUGUCUUCCCGAGCCUCAACAUGGCAGUGAAGCGGCGGGAACAGGCCUUGCAGGACUACAGAAGACUGCAGGCCAAGGUGGAGAAAUACGAGGAGAAAGAGAAGACAGGACCAGUGCUGGCCAAGCUACACCAGGCCCGAGAAGAGCUGCGACCGGUGCGGGAAGACUUCGAGGCCAAGAACAAGCAGCUCCUGGAUGAGAUGCCGCGGUUCUAUGGCAGCCGACUGGACUACUUCCAGCCAAGCUUUGAGUCCCUGAUCCGAGCACAGGUCGUGUACUACUCAGAAAUGCAUAAGAUCUUUGGUGACCUCACGCAGCAGCUGGACCAGCCAGGUCACUCAGACGAACAGCGAGAGCGAGAGAACGAGGCCAAACUGAGCGAGCUCCGCGCCCUCUCCAUUGUGGCUGAUGACUGAGCUCCCGUCCUGCAGGCCUCUGGGACACAGGCAACCUGUCAAGUCUUUGCCCUUAGCAGGCAUGGCUCAUGCUCCUCCCUCUGACUGCCGUGUUGGGGACAGAGGUGGCUCCUACUCCACCUUGUCAAUCCUUUGACCCGAGUAUCUCCAUUCUCUUCAGCCUGUCACCAGCAGCCCCAAACAGGCUGCUCUGUCCCCAGACAGGUAAGCAGUGUAGAAAACCCCAGGGGCUUUUUUUAUUUCCUGAAGAACCGUCCAGAGUAUAACCUUGGCCUCAGGCCAGAGCAACAGCGCCCUGGAAGAGCCUGGGUUUUGCCAUUACAGUUGAGGGUCUUAGUCCCACUUGCGCAGCCAGGAUCGCAUCUACCUCGAGGACACAUCCUGGCCCCUCGUUGCUUGCUCUUCACACCAAAGACAUUCUGGACAAGGUGCAGGCACAGUCCUGGGGAACAGCGCUAUGCUCCUCCAGCCCAGCAGACCCCUCACCCCAGCAUGACAAAAGCGGGUUCAGUGCAGGGACAAGUCCUAGGUCUUCUGCAUUCCCUGGGUAACUGGGACUCAAUGUAACUGUCCCAACAUGCAGCAUGUGACACAUCAAUCCACAGGCCUCAAAGCAAGAGCAGUGGGUUUGUGUCUCACCUGGAUAUUUGGAAUUUUAUUUUUUCAAGUAAAGUUUCCAACAAAGCA